GCGAAGAGGUGCAGCCGCCACGCUUAUCCUCAACCAGAAUGACGGCCGGCCAGGAGGCGCAGCCGCCACGCUUAUCCUCAACCAGAAUAGGGGCCAGGGUGUACAGCUGCCACGCUUAUCCGGCGCCAGGCGAAGAGGUGCAGCCGCCACGUUUAUCCUCAACCAGAAUGGGGGCCAGGGGGAAGAGGCGCAGCCGCCACGCUUAUCCUCGACCAGAAUAGCAGCCGCCACGCUUAUCCGGUGCCAGGCGAAGAGGUGCAGCCGCCACGCUUAUCCUCAACCAGAAUGGGGGACAGGGGGAAGAGGCGCAGCCGCCACGCUUAUCCUCAACCAGAAUAGGGACCAGGGGGUACAGCCGCCACGCUUAUCCGGUGCCAGGCGAAGAGGUGCAGCCGCCACGUUUAUCCUCAACCAGAAUGGGGGCCAGGGGGAAGAGGCGCAGCCGCCACGCUUAUCCAGAAUAGGGGCUAGGGGGUACAGCCGCCACGCUUAUCCGGCGCCAGGUGAAGAGGUGCAGCCGCCACGCUUAUCCUCAACCAGAAUGGGGGCCAGGGGGGAAGAGGCGCAGCCGCCACGCUUAUCCUCAACCAGAAUAGGGGCCAGGGGGUACAGCCGCCACGCUUAUCCGGUGCCAGGCGAAGAGCCGGUGCCAGGCGAAGAGAGGUGCAGCCGCCACGCUUAUCCUCAACCAGAAUGGGGGCCAGGGGGAAGAGGCGCAGCCGCCACGCUUAUCCUCAACCAGAAUAGGGGCCAGGGGGUACAGCCGCCACGCUUAUCCGGUGCCAGGCGAAGAGGUGCAGCCGCCACGCUUAUCCUCAACCAGAAUGGGGGCCAGGGGGAAGAGGCGCAGCCGCCACGCUUAUCCUCAACCAGAAUAGGGGCCAGGGGGUACAGCCGCCACGCUUAUCCGGUGCCAGGCGAUGAGAAUGGGGCCAGGGGGAAGAGGCGCAGCCGCCACGCUUAUCCUCAACCAGGGGGCCAGGGGCAGCCGCCACGCUUAUCCGGUGCCAGGCGAAGAGGUGCAGCCGCCACGCUUAUCCUCAACCAGAAUGGGGGCCAGGGGGAAGAGGCGCAGCCGCCACGCUUAUCCUCAACCAGAAUAGGGGCCAGGGGGUACAGCCGCCACGCUUAUCCGGUGCCAGGCGAAGAGGUGCAGCCGCCACGCUUAUCCUCAACCAGAAUGGGGGCCAGGGGGAAGAGGCGCAGCCGCCACGCUUAUCCUCAACCAGAAGAGGGGCCAGAGGGUACAGCCGCCACGCUUAUCCGGUGCCAGGCAAAGAGGUGCAGCGUCCACGCUUAUCCUCAACCAGAAUGGGGGCCAGGGGGAAGAGGCGCAGCCGCCACGCUUAUCCUCAACCUGGGGGUCGGGAGGUGCAGCCGCGACGCUUAUCCUCAACCUGAAUGGGCGGCGGGAGGUGCAGCUGCCACGCUUAUCCUCAACCUGGGGGUCGGGAGGUGCAGCCGCGACGCUUAUCCUCAACCUGAAUGGGCGGCGGGAGGUGCAGCUGCCACGCUUAUCCUCAACCUGAAUGGGGGUUGGGCGCUUACCCUGAAUCGGAGGUCGGGAAGCGCAGCCGCCAGGCUUAUCCUCAACCUGAAUGGGCGUCGGGAGGUGCAGCAGUGCAGCUGCCACGCUUACCCUGAACGGGAGUCGGGAAGCGCAGACGUCACGCUUAUCCUCGACCUGAAUGGGGCACAGCCCGAAGAAGACGGAGGCGCGGACGAGGCCGGAGCGUUUAUCCUCAACCAAGAUGGGAUUCCAGGUGCGUGGUCUCACAGCCCGAAGAAGACGGAGGCAGGGACGAGGCCGGAGCGUUUAUCCUCAACCAAGAUGGGGUUCCAGGUGCGUGGUCUCACAGCCCGAAGAAGACGGAGUCGGGGACGAGGCCGGAGCACUUAUCCUCAACCAAGAUGGGGUCCCAGGUGCGUGGUCUCACAGCCCGAAGAAGACGGAGGCGCGGACGAGGCCGGAGCGUUUAUUCUCAACCAAGAUGGGCCCGAAGAAGACGGAGGCGGGGACGAGGCCGGAGCACUUAUCCUCAACCAAGAUGGAGUUCCAGGUGCGUGGUCUCACAGCCCGAAGAAGACGGAGUCGGGGACGAGGCCGGAGCACUUAUCCUCAACCAAGAUGGGGUCCCAGGUGCGUGGUCCACAGCCCGAAGAAGACGGAGGCGGGGAUGAGGCCGGAGCGUUUAUCCUCAACCAAGAUGGAAUGAUUCGUUUAUCCUCAACCAAUAUGGGGUCUCAGUUGCUCAGUCUCAAGCUGAACGAAGCUGGAGGCGGGGACGGGAGGGCUCGCAUGAACAAGUGA